UGCUGCUGAUAUCGCAUUGACACGCAUUCAAUUGCACAGUAUUUUGGACAGAACUCCCUGACCAAACACCAAUCCCUUGCUACACGCAGGAAGAAACAUCCUCUACCAACACCAAAACAUCCCUCCACCACCAUGUCUCGACAAGUCACGCGGGAGAAUCCUCCCGAGGGCUCCCACGGCCCUGAGCUCGCACAACACCAGUCGCUCAACCUCCAGCUCCUCCGAACAGAGACCCGGCAGACAUUAGCUGAGCGUGGUAUCUCAGAAACACCCCCUCCCUUGGACCCCAACUACCCCGAACUCGGCCGGCCUGAAGAGCCCAUCUUCCCUGAAGAAUACACGCUCGAGACGGAGACGGGUCUCGUGCCACAACAGACCCUAGAAGAGAUCCGGACGAGAGUCUCGACGGUCCCUACGCGGAGGCGGACGCGGCCCAGCACGCCCUCGGAGCCGGACCUCGAAAAGCAGGGCGUCGAAGAACCGGUCGAGUUCGUCACGUUCAAAAUCAACGACCCCGACAACCCGCACAACUGGUCGCGGCUUUUUCGGUGGUACAUUACCAUCGCCGCGUCGUCUCUGGUCGUCUGCGUCGCAUUCGGCUCGUCGGUGGUUACGGGGGGCCUGGGCCUCAUUGAAGAAAAGUACGACGUCUCGCUCGAAGUCGCGAUCCUGACCUGCUCCAUCAUGGUCUGCGGGUUCGCCGUGGGCCCGCUGCUGUGGAGCCCGCUGUCCGAGAUCAUCGGCCGCCAGCCCGUCUACAUCAUCUCGCUGUUCCUGUACACCAUCUUCAACAUCCCCUGCGCGCUGUCGCCCAACAUCGGCGGCCUGCUGGUCUCGCGCUUCUUGUGCGGCGUCUUCUCCAGCUCCGGCCUGUCGCUCGCGGGCGGCACCAUCGCCGACAUCUGGAACAUUGAGGAACGGGGCUUGGCCAUCGCCUACUUCGCCGCGGCGCCCUACGCGGGGCCCGUCAUCGGCCCCAUCGUGGCCGGAUGGAUCAACGUCGGCACGGGGCGGCUUAACCUGUUCUUCUGGGUCAACCUGGGCUACGCGGGCUUCAUGCUGGUGGUCAUGGGCCUGAUCCCGGAGACGUACGCGCCGGUGAUCCUCAAGCGGCGGGCGGCGCGGCUGCGCAAGGAGACGGGCGACCCGAACAUCAUCACGGAGCAGGAGAAGACCAAGCUGACGCUGCGCGAGGUGGCCAGGACGUCGCUGGUGCGGCCCAUCAACAUGAUCCUGACGGAGCCCGUGCUGGACCUGAUGUGCAUGUACAUUGUGCUCAUCUACGCGAUGCUGUACGCCUUCUUCUUCGCCUACCCGGUCAUCUUCGGCGAGCUGUACGGCUACAACGACGGGCAGAUCGGGCUGAUGUUCAUCCCCAUCAUCAUCGGCGCGGCGUUCGCGCUGGUCGCGACGCCCCAGUUCGAGAAGCAGUUCAAGCGCGUCUGCCGCGAGCGCGAGCCCACGGCCGAGGACCGCCUGAUGGGCGCCAUGUUCGGCGCGCCCUUCAUCCCCAUCUCGCUGUUCAUCCUGGGCGCCACCUCGUACCACGGCAUCAUCUGGGUCGGCCCGGCCUCGAGCGGCAUCGCCUUCGGCUUCGGCAUGGUCCUGUGCUACUACUCGGUCAACAACUACAUCAUCGACUCGUACUCCAAGUACGCCGCCAGCGCCCUCGCCGCCAAGGUCUUCCUGCGGAGCGGCGGCGGCGCGGCCUUCCCCCUCUUCACCACCCAGAUGUACCACCGCCUGGGCCUGCACUGGGCCAGCUGGCUGCUCGCCUUCAUCGGCGUCGGCAUGGUCCUGAUCCCCUUCUCCUUCUACUUCUUCGGCUCCAAGAUCCGCGCAAAGUUCAACAAGGCUUGAAAUCUCCACCUGGUGAGACACAUUGGCAUUUGAACGAGCAGUACGAGUAUUUGUGAAUUUGGCAUUUUCAUCCUUCUUCCUAGCGUGCGGGAGGGGCAAGCGGCUAGGAAAACGUAUAAAAAGGGGGCGUUUGGAACGGACGGAUGGAUAUCGAAGGACAUUUACUGAGAAUGGUGAAUAUGUGAUGUGUUGUGUUUGAUGGUUUCCUGCAAGCUGCCGGGCUGGCCCUCCAAAGGAGCCCCCUGCGCCAUUAUCGGUUUUCUGUCUGACAAUGUAUUAAUGUAUUUUGAACACCAUAGCACCACACCACCCAAAAAGUUUACAUUUUGCGUUUCG